UUUAUUCUUAUAACUGUGUUGUGUUUUUUUUUAAAUUUUGCAUAAUGGAGUUUUUUGUUGGUAAAAGGAACAAACAGUAUUCAAAAUGUUGCUUGACUAAUUGUAAAAGCCACAUUUUAUAGAUACCAUAAGUUUUUUCACUUUCCCAAAAGAACCUGUUAGAUGUGCUGUUUGGAUUGAAAAUUGCAAAUCUAAAAUCAAUCAAUAAUUUGGCUGCUAACACUAAGUAUCGUGUUUGUUCUUUACAUUUUGAGACUGUUAUGUUUUCUAAUUUUCAGAAAAAUAGACUGAGGCCGGAUGCUGUACCUACAUUGUUUGAUGUUAUGGAAGUUGAGUGUGUGGAUGAACCAAAGAAGAAUGAUGCUCCUGAAUGUAUCACUUCAGACUUUGUGCCAUUAUCAUGUUCAACACCUGGUUCCUCUGCUCAUCUAUCAAUAAACUCUCCAAGUUUAUCUGAUGCAUCAACAUCCACUGAUAUUGAAACAAGUGUAWUCGGUGUACAAACACCUAGUUAUUUAUCUUUAAAAACUCCCCGAAAAGUUGCUCUUCAGAAAAAGCUCAAGGAAAGUCACGGGUUCAGGCUGAGUUGAA